UCGCGCAGGUUCCGCCCGGGCUCGUCAUUCAGCUGUCCCGGGCCCGGCGCUGCCGCCGGCCUCCUCCGCGGCGCGGCCCGGCCCGCUCCCCUCCCCUCCCGCCCUCCCUUUCUCGCGGUGCCGCCGGCCGGCGUCAGCAGCGACCGCGCUCCCGCCCCGGCUCCUCGGCGGGCGCCGGCUGCCUUCCCCGCCCCUUCCUCCUCUUCCUUCCCCCCCCGCCCCAGCCCCCUCUCCCGCCGGCCGGGCCCCGGAGCGCCGCCGCCGUCGGGGUGUGAGCGGGGCCCGGCGCCGUGCUGGGCCGUCCCCUCGCCGGCGGGGCCAUGGCCGCGAGCGCCAAGCGGAAGCAGGAGGAGAAGCACCUGAAGCUGUUGCGGGAGAUGAGCAGCCUCCCGCCCAACCGCAAGUGCUUCGAUUGCGACCAGCGCGGCCCCACCUACACCGACAUGACGGUGGGCAGCUUCGUGUGCACCUCCUGCUCCGGCAUCCUACGGGGCUUGAAUCCACCCCACAGAGUGAAGUCAAUUUCAAUGACUACUUUCACACAACAGGAAAUAGAAUUUCUGCAGAAACAUGGAAAUGAAGUAUGCAAACAGAUUUGGCUAGGCCUUUUUGAUGAUAGAUCAUCAGCAAUUCCAGACUUCAGGGAUCCACAGAAAGUAAAGGAAUUUCUACAGGAAAAAUAUGAAAAGAAAAGAUGGUAUGUUCCUCCAGAGCAAGCAAAAGUGGUGGCAUCAGUCCAUGCAUCCAUAUCAGGGUCUUCUGCUAGUAGUACAAGCAGCACACCUGAGGUGAAGCCACUCAAAUCUCUCUUGGGAGAAGCUGCACCUACACUGCACUUAAACAAGGGCACACCUAGCCAAUCUCCUGUUGUAGUUCGAUCUCAAGGACAGCAGCAACAAGAAAAGAAACAAUUUGACCUCCUCAGUGACCUUGGCUCAGAUAUCUUUGCCGCUGCUCCUUCUCAGUCAACCGCUACAGCAAAUUUUGCCAACUUUGCACACUUUAACAGUCAUACAGCGCAGAACUCUGCAAAUGCAGGUUUUGCAAACUUUGAUGCAUUUGAACAGUCUAGUGGCUCGAGUAAUUUUGGAGGUUUCCCCACAGCAAGUCAGUCUUUUCAGCCCCAAAACACAGCGUUCAGAACGCUUUCAUCUAGCUGCAGUUUUGGUGAAUUUACUUCAGCUUUUCCUCUCCAGGCUGUACACAGUGGAAGUGCUGGAUCAGUGAAUGCUAACUUUGCUCACUUUGAUAACUUCCCCAAAUCCUCCAGUGCUGAUUUUGGAGCCUUCAAUGCUUCUCAGAGCAACACAACAGCAACUGCAGCCAGUAAAGCUGCAGUGAAUAAACCGAAUCUCCAGUCAGCUGACAAAUAUGCAGCUCUUGCUAAUUUAGAUAAUAUCUUCAGUGCAGGGCAAGGUGGCAGUGAGCAAGGAAGUGGCUUCAGUACAGUAGUGUCAGCAUCAGCAGGUCCUGCAUUGUCAGCCCCAAAUCAGUCAAGUGCAUCUUCAGACAAGUAUGCAGCUCUGGCAGAGUUAGACAGCGUGUUCAGCUCUACAGGAACCUCUAGCAAUGCCUAUACUUCCACCAGUAACGUUAGCAGCAAUGCUUUUGGAACAGUACCCGUGGCUGCUACUGCACAGACACAGCCUGCAUCUUCAAGUGUGCCUGCUCCUUUUGGAGCAACACCUUCCACAAAUCCAUUUGUAGCUGCCCCUGUUGCCCCGGUGGCACCUUCAACAAAUCCAUUCCAGACCAAUAGCCGAGGAGCAACAGCAGCAACAUUUGGUACUGCAUCUAUGAGCAUGCCAGCAGGAUUUGGAACUCCUGCCUCCUACAGUCUUCCUACUAGUUUUAGUGGCAACUUCCAGCAGCCCACGUUCCCAACCCAGGCAGCUUUCCCUCAACAGACUGCUUUUGCUCAGCAGCCAAAUGGAGCAGGUUUUGCUGCAUUUGGACAGGCAAAGCCUGUAGUAACUCCUUUUGGACAAGUUGCAGCUGUUGGAAUAUCUAGUAACCCUUUUAUGGCUGGUGCACCAACAGGACAAUUUCCAACAGGAAGCUCAUCAACCAAUCCUUUCUUAUAGCCUUAUAGACACUUUACCCAAAAGAACUCUUAUGUGGUCACAUAACAUCUCUGCGCCUCUUGCACUGUUGUCUUGUUUCACUGAUAUUAGCUUUAAACACAAAAGAAGUCUUUAAGAAGUAAAAAUAAAAGCCUGCAUUGUGUACCUUUAAAAAAAAAUUAAAAACAAAACACGAAAACCAAGAAAAUCAACCCCUCCCCAUGAGGUAAUAACGUGCAAAACAGAGGGCUGUGGUAACAUCCUUGAACCUGUGAACUGGCAGGUAAAAAGUAGCGGUAUCAUGUAUAUUAAAAUUGGCUAAUAAGUUAUUGCAGAUACCACAUUCAUUAUGCUGCAGUACUGUACAUAUUUUUCUUAGAAAAUAGCUAUUUGUGCAUAUCAGUAUUUGUAACUUUAACACAUUGUUAUGUGAAAAAUGUUACUGGGAAAUAGAUCAGCCACUUUAAGGUGCUGUUGUAUCUCUUGGAAUGAAUGAGCUACAUCAUUUUAACCAUUGGUAUUGGAAGUCAUGAAGUUAAAUUGAAGGUUUGUUCAUUUCUCAAAAUGUUUUUCCUUUCCUAAGAGCUCUUCUAUUUAUACAUGCCUAAAUCUCUAAUGUUAGAGGGAUACCUGUCUGCAUAAUAAAGCUGAUAAUGUUUUGCUACAGUUUGCAGGUGAAAAAAAAAUAAAU